AAGUUAUAUUUUUUUUUGUCGGAUAUAAAAUUAUCAUAUUAUCCUUCUUUAAACGAACUUUACUAACAGAUUUGGACGGAAGGUAGGUAAUUGACGUUUUCAAACUUUUUGGGUAUUUGUAGCAAACUAUGGGUGGGUGCAUUUGUUCGGCCAAUUUAAUACGAUUGGGUUUAUCCACCCAAACCCUGUACUCUGGAAAUUCAUUAGACCCACAAAACUGUGGAAACUAUUAUAGAGAUCCCUGCCGUAAUGCCUUUAGUUAAGAAAUUUUGUGAGAAACGGUGUGAUUUAACUAAAAGAAAGAAAGGUAGAUCUGAUUGGCAGUGAUAGAAAGAAAGAGUGAAGAAGAAGAAGAAGAAUGGAUGGACCUGCAGAGAAUGAUUUUUGCUCGGUUUGCCAUGGAAACUUCAACGUUCCUUGUCAAGCCAACUGCUCUCACUGGUUUUGCGGUAACUGCAUACUGCUUGUUUGGCGACAUGGAUCCACAUUUCAACCAUGUAAAUGCCCUUUAUGUCGUCGUCAGAUUACUUUGUUGGUUCCUACUCAGGCUUCAGUAAGUGAUCGUCAUAACCCUUCUGUUGCUAACACUCUGCAACAGCUUGAAACUUACAAUCGCCUUUUUGGGGGCCGCACCAAUGGUCUUAUCCAGAGAAUGCAAGACCUUCCUUUUCUUCUGCGGAGAUUGUUACGGGAACUGGUGGAUCCUCAGAGAUCACUUCCUCUUGUCAUCAGAGCCCGUGUUUAUAUUACAAUGAUACUUAGUGCUAUCUAUGUACUGAGUCCCAUCGACAUCAUUCCUGAAGGAAUUUUAGGGAUAGUUGGCUUGUUGGAUGAUCUCCUUAUAUUGCUAAUCGGCUUUCUCCAUGUUGCUGCCCUGUAUCGGUCGGUUCUGUAUUAUCGUCAUGCAGGAUCGUGAACUCUCCUGGAAGCAUGAUAUUAAGUUUACUUGUUCUUUUAUGAUAAAUUUAGAAAUGAUACAAACAAAUAGUUCCGAUAGGCAAAUAUAUAUCCUUUACAUUUGCUCCAUUUGACUGUAGGAUUGCGAUUGUGAGAUAGUACACCAAUGGAAAUUAUGCUUAGAAUUGCAUAGGCAACACUUUUUUGGCACAAUAUUCAGCUAUCUGCCUCGCUUUUCUUA